AUGAAAUCAGCACCACAGAAGAAGACCAAUUUGAUGCAAUUCUUGACACCAUUAUCCUUGCAAAGGUGGUGGACAUGGCCUGCAUCUUUUCGUGUAUCCCGACUCAUUCAUACUAUCCCAGCUUUUAUUCGGGAGCUGCUGGAGCAAUGGACCAUGAAGUUGAAUGAACUUUACACAUCGCUUGGUGCAUAUAGGAACAGAUUAAUGCCAAGUCCAUGGGCAACUAACCAACAAGAGAAUGUCUAUCAUGAUAUUUGCCUCCUGGUGAACAACCAGAAGGAUGAGUCCAUCAAAACCUACACCAAUGCCCUUUGUAAGAUUCCCUUAGUAUUCAUGGUACUCGCUCUAACUGUAAGUGUCAUGUGGGGCUGUUGGACAAGUGACACUGGAUUGACAAACUUCUUGACUGAGGCUGCACCAUUGAUCCGAGGUGACUCUGAGGGAGCGGAUACCUGGUUUUCUGAUGCAUUUGCUGCCCUUGUUCAGUGUAACCAAAUCCUUGGCCUGGAGGUUCAUGUAGGAUUGGCAAAUGUUGCUUGGCUUAAUGAUAGUCGAAACUUUGAGGGAGCUCACAAGGUUCACCGCCUCUUGACAUUGCAAGUGGAACAAUGGGGCCACAGACACUUUCCGGCACUCUGGCCCCAUCCACCGAACACUGACUUGAACAUUAACGACCUCCCCACCAUUGAGCUCGGUCAAAUUGGUGAAGAUGCUAGCCGAAAGCAACUAAAACAAGAUCGCAACCUAGCUCGUUCUGGAACAAUGGUUGAGUCUCCCCCCAUUUUAGUGGGUGAAAGAUACCAUACAUUCUAUCAUUUGCCAUUGCUUAGUAAUGAGGUUCAAGAUCGAGCAUUGCUGGAUGGAUGGCAUAAGUGCUGUAUUAAUGCCUCAGUUUCACUUUCUGUAGCACCUGCUGUAGAGUCAGCGCUGGUAUAUCGCCUGGAUUUCAAUUUGGCCAUCAACAAUCCUGUUCGCACUCUUGAACGUUUUCAUGACCACAACAUACUAGUGGUUGAAAUCCUGAUGCAAAUCGAGAUUUUCAAGUAUACAGACCACCAAGGACAGGGCCAUGACAUGCAUCUGUCUUUACGUGAACUGCAUGAAGAAAGCCAGGAAAAUGAAGUGACAUGGGAGUUUUCAAACAGACGUCUGUUAACACAGAGUGCAUCUUUCAGACAGAGGGGUAUCCUGCAUCCGCCACCCACUUCUGUUAUCCAAGUUCAUUGUGGCCACCAGCUUUGGUACCUCUUUCAACGUCACGUUAAAAAGCAUGACAAGUUGAUACAUGCGUACCAUGACUGGGAUUCUGACUUUGUUAAUGACCCAAAGCAAUGGAAAGCAGAAGUUGUUGUCCUCGAGCCUGGUAAUGUCCUGUACAUCCUUUCAAUGAUAUGGAUGGUUUCAGGCAUAGAAAAUGAUUCGUCCAAAUUCAAGGUCAAUACAGCUGAAGGGCUUCUCGACAUAGUUGCACUCAGCAACUUGCUCCUCUCCCUUCCUGCCUUAGACAUUGUCGCUAUUUUUGAUGCUCAUAAACCAGAUGCAUAUGGGCCACUCAGCGAGGGGAGACAGGCAUAUUUUGACAUAAUAUAUCGUCUUCAGGAGCAGUACUCUCUGAUUCUCUUUCCCGACACACCACUUGCCCAUGAUGCAUUCACCAAACCUUUGGAUUCUCUAGUCUCACUUCGCAUUGCUGAUUUUGCAAAGACUUCUGCCAUUCAUUUUGCAUGGUCUUUGAUACUAUCUGCAAGGAAAGCACAGGGUUGGCGGAAGGUGUACUUGAAAGCCUUCAAACAACCAUUCCAUCUUAGGCCCACUUUCUUCAUCUGGCCAAGGGCCCAUCCACUUGGUAUGUGA